UAUACCUAUAUAUGCACUACUAUAUCUAGCAAUACAAAACAUGUAAUAUAUGAAUGUAGAAUUGGUAUUUUUUAAGCGCAAACAAAUGUUUUUAUGACUCUAAACAAAGUUGUUUGCACGAGUAAAAUGAAAUUAAAAUAAAGUUACAGACCUCACUUAAUAUGUCUGAUUAAUACAAAAAACUUUUUUUAACACCGAGUAUAAUAGCAAAUUUUUUAGUUAUGGAAAUAGAUAUAAAUUCAAAAACGAUUCAAGCGAGAUCUGUAUUGAAUUUAGAUUCAGUAUUAUAACUUUCAUUAUACAUCAUGAAGAUUCAUUGCAUAUUUCUUGCAAAAACUGAAGGAUACAAAUAAAGUAGGACAGAUUUUUUAGUUUGAUGUAAUCAUAUGCUAUCAAAAUGACAUCAUUAACAGAAAAUACAAAAGAUAAGGGCCAAGAAGAUCCAAUUAGAUGUAUAUUUUUUUCAGAAUUUCAUCCAAUUGUUGGCCCGAUGAUUACAUGUCAGGUUCCAGAUAACUUUAUUUCGAAGGACAUUUUUGAUAACGUUAGUGUUUAUAUUAUACCCAAAGCACAAUUACAACGAAGUACCAUAACAGUGACACUGAAGGAUUAUAAAAUCUUAGGAUUUCCAGUGAAGAUUGAUGACAAAAAAUAUGCAAGAAAUGCAUUUUAUUUUAAUUUAUGUUUUGUCUGUGAUGCACAAGCUCGUACUGUUCAUUAUGAACCUGUUGUGAAGAAGAUGUCUGAUUUUCUAAUGGCCCUUGAAGUAGAGAAUUGUUUUUUAUCUGCUUCUGACGAUAAAACUAGAUUAGCAGAAAUGCUUCAACAAGUAAUGCAGGAUUUAAACUCACAUAAGAUGUGUACAUUAACAGAAGGGACAAUGACAUCCAAUUUGAAAGUUAUAAAGUUAGCACCUGAGCCAAAACCAGUUCUUGAUCAUCAGGUACCAAUAUUCUUAGAAGGCCGUGAGGCAUUUCAGAGUGAUCAAUGGGAUUUAACUACUCAGCAAGUAUUACCUUAUAUAGAUGGAUUUAAUCAUGUUGCAAGAAUUGCAGCUGAGGCAGAUGUAGAAAACAACUUAGUUAAGAGUUGCGUACAAAACCUUGUAUAUUAUGGUGUUGUGACUUUGAUUCCAAUAUUUCAAUAUAGUAAUGUUUAUGCUGCAACUUCCAAAUUAAAAGAACUUGCAGAAAAUCCAAAACUACAAGAACGAUGUAUAACAUAUGCUUCAAAAUUUCCUAGGCAACCUGCAUAUCUUAGAGAUAUAUAUCGAAUGUAUGCAAGUAUGACACAUGGUAGCAGUAUGAGGGAUCUUUGUCAACGUCUCAAUCCUCAGAAUUUAAGAAUUAAUGAAAGACGACUUGUACAAUUUGGCCUAAUCGAAGGUCUUAUUCGUAGAGUAUAUAAGUAUCCAAUAUAUUUGCCAGGAUCUCCUUGCAAUGAAGAAGCAAAAAACAAUCCGAUUUAUAAGUAUUUUACAGGUACAUACAGUCUCGACGAGAUUUGCUGUAGCACUGGUCAAUCAGCUGCACAAAUUGAAGAUAUUGUUGAACGUGAUCCAAAUGUUGUCAUGUUAUGGAAGUAAUAUUCAAAAAAACAACUUUUUUUAUAAUUUUGAAAAGCGAAAAGAAAUCUUUUUAUGAUGUGAAGCUAUGCAGGAUAUUUUGAAUGAUGUAUGGACAAGUUACAAAUGUAUAUUUAUUAUAUUUA